CGUCGAACCGUCGUGGGUCACAGUCUGCUCGUACGCCGAAGCUGCGUUGUGCGAGACACACCUGUGGUCUCCUCUUUGCUGUGCAACACCAAUCUUGCCAUCGCGCUGCAUUAGCUGCCGGCCUGCACACUGCAACACUGCUGGCGGCCCACCACGCCACACCAGUCGCUAGACGCCGCCGCCGCACAUUAAGAGGCCAUGGCCUCCUUCAGCGGUCUCGCCGGCAAAGUGCGGAGCAUCACGGAGUCCGACGAGUUCGAUCUAGGAUCGAUCAGCUCGGCAUACGACGCCGGCAGAUUGAUCACGGACGCCUUCUCGACGCCGUUCUCGGACCGGGACGAGAUGGUCCGCGUCACGUUCGUGGUCGGCGCCGGCAAGGCGAACCGGCAGAAGUACGACGCAUCUUUACAAAAAUGGAUCGUGGCCGCGCUCAAGGCGAUCGAUUACGAGGACAACAAGUCGGCAUCUUGCGAUUUUGAUAGUGCGGGGUCCUUCAAGACGCAGCACGACACGGGCCGCAACCUCAUUUUCGUGCACGUCUUCCCCCGCUGCGCGAAGAAGGUUGUAGACGCCUCAAAUGAAGACGAGACGGUUGACGAACCGGCGCGGCUGUCGCGGGAGCAUUUGUUGGUUGCGGCGGAGAUGAAGACCUUCGAGCGAACGGUCGCGAAGCGGUGCCCGACGUGGUCCUGCAAGAAGCGGCUCCAAGAGAAGCUGCGCGAGGUCCGGGCGCAGUUCACUCAGAUCGACUCGAAGCUGAUGAAUCGGGAGGCGCUCGAUGACGCGGAGCAAGCUUUGUACGAGCUCGGAAGCGGCGAUGACCUUGACGGCAAGCUCAAGUUCCUGCAAAAGUCCUUGAUGGAGAUGGUGCAAAAUGGCCAGCUCACUACAACAGAAAAGACGCUUUGUUUAGAACAGAUGGACGAGCGCGCCGAGAGCGCGCCGAACGACAAGGCCAAGAAGCGCAUCGAGGAGAACCGCGAGGCGCUCUCGAAGCGGUCCGUUCUGGAUUACAAGCCUCCCAAAAUCGAGCACACGGCGGCGAUCAAAGCUUUACAAACAAAACUCGCGCCGCUCGCCGCGCUGGAGAAGCGCGGUGGAGCGCUCCUAUCCGUUGCAGAAGUGUCCAAACUGGGAGAAGCGCCUGAUUUAGAGGAGCGUAUUUCAACGUUGGAGGAGGCGUCGCGGCUCUGGUACGAGACCGACGCCGAGCUCGCGGCGCGCCUCGCGCCGCUCCGCAAGCACCUGUCCGACCUGCGGCGCAAGUCCGCGGCGCCUCAAAAGAAAGCCUCGACGGGCGGCUGGGCGACGGUCUCGUCGCAAUCAAAAAGCCGCGGCGGCGCGCGGACGGCGUCGCGCGGCAAGGCGUCGCGCUCAGGGGGGGCUUUUGCUGCUCUUGGAGAUUAACGUAUGUGUUAGACUU